UUCCUUCACCACAUUCCACUCCAAACACACACACGCUUCCAUCCCAUGGCGACCUCGCCGGCGGCGGCGCCGCCGCGGCGCGUGGUGAUUUGCGGCGGCGGGGUCGUCGGAGCGUGCACGGCCUACUUCCUCUCCACCCACGCGGCCUCCCCGACUGUCCCGACCCUCGUCGAGAAGUCGUCCCCGGCCUGCGCCGCCUCGGGCAAGGCCGGCGGCUUCCUCGCGCUCGACUGGUGCGACAAAACCCCGGCCCUCUCCGCGCUCGCUCGCGCCUCCUUCGCGCUCCACCGCCGCCUCGCCGCCACGCUCGACGGCGGCUCCGCCUACGGCUUCCGCCCCGUCCACACCCUCUCCAUCUGCCUCCCCACCGACCCGGACCCCGCCGCCGCCGCCGCCGCCGCGGCGUCCCCGCUGCUCCCCGCCUGGGUCGACCCCGCCGCGUCCGCCGCGCCGCCGAGGGAGCUCGGGACGACGGACACCACCGCGCAGGUCCACCCGGGCUUCUUCACCAAGGCCGUCCUCGCCGCGUCCGGCGCCGAGGUGGUCAUCGGCGAGGCGGAGCGCGUCGUCGUCCGGGACGGCCGCGUCGCCGGGGUUGUGGUCAGGGGCCGCGGCGAGGUGGACGCCGACGCCGUGGUGCUCGCGCUCGUCCCCUGGUCGGGGAGGUUCGAGAUGGUCAGGGAGGUGUUCGACGUGUCCGGCCUCAAGGCGCACAGCAUCGUGCUCCGGCCGCGUGAGCCCGAAAACAUCACGCCGCACGCCCUGUUCCUCAGCUACCAGCCAGAGCCCGGCGCCAAGAUGCUCGACCCGGAGGUCUACCCGCGGCCCACCGGGGAGGUGUACAUUUGUGGAAUGACCAAGGAUGAGGAGGUGCCCGAUGACCCGGAGACGAUCACCGGUGAGCCGGACUCAAUUGCGAUGCUGCACAAGAUCGCCGGGAGGGUUUCCGGCCAGCUGAAGAGGGAGGAAGGCGCGGAGGUGGUGGCGGAGCAGGCUUGCUACCUGCCGUGCACCGAUGACGGUUUGCCGGUGAUCGGGGAGAUGCCUGGAGUGAAGGGUUGCUAUGUCGCCACCGGGCACAGCUGCUGGGGGAUCCUCAAUGCUCCAGCCACCGGUGCCGCUCUCGCAGAGCUCAUCCUCGACGGCGAUGCCAAGAUCGUCGAUCUCGCGCCGUUCAGCCCAGCAAGGUUUCUCAAGAAGAAGAGUAAGCGUGGAGUUUAGUGUAGAUUGUGAUGAGUUUGCUUCCUUGAUGCCAUGUCUGGAUGAAUAAAUUUGUUCUCUGUCUGCUGGUAUCCUUCAUUCCUUUGUGAGGACUGAGAGAACAAAUAUGUACAACAAUGUACUGUACUGAUGAAUAAUAAGUAAACCAUGAACACUUGCAUGAGAACAGCUUUCAGAUGCUGUCAACUGCAGAGAAUUCAUCACACUCUGUACGAUCAUGAGCAUGAAACAAUAGAGAAUACACAGAAAAAUUCAGUACCCAAAA